AACAAACCACCAGCGCCAUUUGUUUACAUUUAAUUUUAGGGGUUGUUUCGUAGAAAAAUAAGGUCCACGUCCGGAAUUAAGCGAAAAUUACCCCAACCAACACCAUGAACGUGAUACAAUCCAACAUCUCCACCACGAUCAGGAGUUUCAAUAUUUCCGACGAUAUUCGAAUAGAGGUAAAAAAGUUCCGCACCAAUGCGAGCAUCGACGAGGUGGAUAUUGAGGACGACGAGGAUGAUAUUUCCAUCAUACAGAAGAUUCACAAAACGUUCGCCGAUCCGCACAGUACGACAUUCGAUCCGGCCACACUGAAAUCGAUUAUCGCACGGCUGGACAACAUUGAGAAGAAGUUGGAAAACAUCGUAUACAUGAACCAGCAGGCAGAUUCGCUUGAAGCGGCCGCACGACAGCAGCAAGCCGGAAUUGUAAAUCUACCACCAUCCAGCGGUGGAGUUAUUGUUGGCAGCAGUGGGGAUGAAGGAUUGGAGCUGAAGCUGGAAUCUCUUGAUUCCGACAGUGAGCUGAUCGGAGAAUUCAUCGAGCAGGAUGAACUGAAGCUGGUAGAGUUCCCCAUCAACCGGAUCGAGGAGCUGAAAGAGCUGGAAGAAUCCAUCACGACCGAUCAGGAGUCAUUUGUGUCGUUUGUCAACUUCAUAGGCGCCACCGUGCAAAAGUACAACCGGAAUCUGGAACUCGUGCUGAAAGAUUUCAUCACAGAAUCGUUGAUCAAUGAGCUCGGCUACAGCACGACCAAAGAAUCGAUGCUGUCGUUCUACAUCUUCAACCAGUUGCUUUACGAUAUCUGGAAAAAUGAAUACUCCACCAUUAAUGACUACAACAACAAGCUGAAGAAUAUCGUCAUAAAGACACAGAAUCGAUUUUUGCGAAUGAACAAAAACAAGAAAUAAAACAAUAAAGCGUAUACGUACUUACAAUUUAGUCAUAUGUGGCCACGAGUCUCCAAACCCGUUAAAGAGUCGAACACUUUCCACCAAAGUCUUGCGAAUGUAACAUUUGCGCCUGAAGAUCUAUGUAUGUUGAAAUUAUAAAUCCAAUCGUUUGAUUUUUUUCCACA